AUGAAAUUUUUAACAUUAAUCUUUUUAAUUUUAUUCUUUUAUUGUGCUGCUGCUAAUCAUUAUGGCUGUAAUAAUGUUCCAUGUGGUCCAGGUCGUAUCUGUCUCAAAUUAAGAGGUGUCUGUAGCUGUAUUGAAAUUCCAAAAUGUAAAGAAGUCAUUCUUACCACUAAAUGUAUCGGUACUUGGCAAUUUGAAGGCAAAACUUAUAAUCAAUAUGACGUAACCAUCACCAAUUACUUGGACUUUGACAUUACCCAAAUCUUUAUUGGUAUUGAUGAAUCUUUCAAACUUCAUGCUGAUAACUUGUGGAAUGCUGAACGUUGCGGUAAUGGUAAUGAAUUAACAUUACCACACUAUCAACCAUCAAUUAAUAAAAAUGCUUCAUUCACAUUUGGUUUCAUUUUAUGUGGAAAUGAUAAACCAAAUUUAUCAAUUCUUGCUGUAACCUAUUAA